AUGGUCCAAGGACGGCUUCCAACUCUGCCACCUUCAUUACCUUCGUUCGGCGUAACUGAGAAUUACUUAGUUGGAGAAAUCCCUGGCUCCUCAAUUUGCAAUAUGAGCUCCCUGGAAGAUCUCGACCUGUCUCAGAAUAAUUUUGAUGGAAUUAUUCCUGAAUGUCUUGGAAAUUUAAGUCAUUCUCUGUCAGUCAUGGAUCUAUUUAUGAAUAAUUUUCAUGGUGUAAUACCAGCUGGAAUAUUUCCUAAAGGCUGUUCGUUGAAAAGUUUCCGUAUCGACAGCAACCAAGUUGAAGGGCCAAUACCACAAUCUUUGGUUAAUUGCUUGGACUUAGAAAUUCUUGAUCUCGGGAACAAUGACUUAAAUGACACCUUUCCUAGCUGCUUGCCAAUCAAGAUUUUUGAAAAUUUGUAUGCUAUGAUCAAUGGGUCUGAAAGGAAAGGUGAAUAUAUGGGAUAUCUGUAUUCUGAUGAAUAUCAAGUGUAUUAUGAGUGUUCUCUAUUGCUUACAACAAAAGGGCUGGAGAGGCAGUUCCUGAAAAUUUUAACCAUUUUAAUGGUUAUUGAUUUUUCAAAUAAUCGAUUCGACGGGCAGAUUCCUGAAAUACUUGGACAACUUCAUUCACUUGUUGUCCUAAACCUCUCUCACAAUGGUUUAACAGGUCCAAUCCCAUCAUCCUUUGGCAAUUUGUCAAUGCUCGAGUCAUUAGAUCUCUCAUCAAACAAGCUUCAAGGAAGAAUUCCGCAAGCGUUAAAAAAUCUUGGAUUCUUAGCGGUGUUAAACCUUUCUCAGAAUAAUCUUACGGGGCCCAUUCCUGGAGGCAAACAGUUUGAUACUUUCACAAAUGAUUCCUACAGUGGGAACUUGGAUUUAUAUGGAUUCCCUUUAUCAAAAAGCUGCGGUAAUAAUGAUCAGAAACAGCCUCCAACAAAAACUGAUAGAGAUGAUGCACUCAAUUGGAAAUUUUCUAUACUGAUGGGGUAUGGAUGUGGCCUGGUGUUUGGAUUGAGCACGGGAUACAUUGUAUUCACAACUGGAAAACCAUGGUGGUUCAUUAAGAUCAUUGAGCUCUGUCAACAAAAAUAUUUUGGAAGGAAAAUCCGGAGAAGUGGAGGAAGAAAAUAA